GGAGUUUAGAGAAGAACUUGCAGAGUGACCGAGUUGCGCCUCCGCUGUGCUCGUGAACCCGUGGGGCCAUGCCCGGCACACAUUGAGCGGGCGUAGCGCCGGCUGCGGGAGGGCGAGGCGCACGUCGCGUCGGCCAUGGGCAGCUUCCAGCUGGAAGACUUUGUGGCAGGCUGGAUCGGAGGUGUAUCCAGCGUCAUUGUUGGCUACCCUCUGGACACAGUCAAGACUCGCCUGCAGGCUGGUGUCGGCUACACGAACACGUUCAACUGUAUCCGCAUGGUGUACAAGAGGGAGCGUGUGUUCGGCUUCUUCAAGGGCAUGUCCUUCCCCCUGGCCAGCACUGCCAUCUAUAACUCAGUAGUGUUCGGGGUCUUCAGCAACACCCAACGGUUCCUCAGCCAGUACCGCUGUGGGGAACUCCAGGAUGGCCCUGGCCGAAGUCUGUCUGAUCUACUCCUGGCCAGCAUGGUAACUGGUAUGGUCUCUGUUGGGCUGGGCGGCCCCGUGGAGCUCAUCAAGAUCCGACUGCAGAUGCAGACACAGCCAUUUCAGGAAGCCAGCCAUGGGUUGAAGUCCAGUGCGGUGGCAGCAUACCAGGGACCAGUGCACUGCAUUGCGACCAUUGUGCGGUCUGAGGGCCUCACAGGGCUGUACCGGGGAGCCAGUGCCAUGCUGCUGAGGGACAUCCCGGGAUAUUGCUUCUACUUUAUUCCCUAUGUAUUCCUGAGCGAGUGGAUCACACCUGAGGCCUGCACCGGGCCCAGCCCCUAUGCAGUGUGGCUGGCAGGGGGCAUUGCAGGGGCAAUUUCCUGGGGGACAGCAACUCCAAUGGAUGUCGUGAAAAGUCGAAUUCAAGCAGAUGGGGUCUAUUUAAACAAAUACAGAGGUGUCCUGGAUUGCAUCUCCCAGAGUUACCGGCAAGAAGGCUUUAAGGUGUUUUUCAGGGGCAUCACUGUGAAUGCUGUGCGUGGCUUCCCCAUGAGUGCAGCCAUGUUUCUGGGGUAUGAGCUCUCACUGAAGGUGCUCCGGGGCGACCACACUGUAAGAAGCAAAUAAGCAAAUGAGUUACCAGGAGAAUAUAGAAAUGACAGAAACAGCUAAUCAAGAAUUCCUGCGUUCACCACAAGGUCCAACUGUAACCUGAAACCCAGAGCUGACUUUGCACAGUACAGCUGCCUUCCUGCCUAAUGACCCGGAACCAUGUCCAUGUCACGUGGUUAAAUCUUCAGUUACAGAAUGGCUUCAGAACCAAGACCUCAGAUCCCAGAGUUGACUGGGCACUUGUCCUAGUUGUCACACUAGGCUACUCUUGGCCACCCUGAGGACUGGCUCUUGAAGGAGGCUGGAGGAAGUUUCUAGAGAACCAACUCAUGGCAUUUGAGAGUGGUAGCCAAGCCAGCUGGAAGCUUUUCUUUCUGAAUGUCUUCUCUCUUGAAAAGGGCUGGGAAACCUGACUCCUUAGGAAACAAAACAAAACAAAACAAAAACCCUCUAAGGGUAACAGUGGGGUUGGGGAGUAGGAGGAGGCUACCUCGAGUGGGAGGAAGUGAUCCUAGCAGAUUGUCUGGUGUUUAACAAGGUGUUUAACAUCCGGCUUUAGCCAGGAACCAUGGACACCAGGUCCUCUAGAAAGCCUGGGCUUUGACUUACAAAGGGUUGGAACAGACUAUCUAUGCGGCAGAAAUGUGAACUCUUUGAAGACGUGAACAACAAUGCCAGCCUCCUCAUCCAGUCCCCAGAAUGGAGGAGACAGUGCAUCUCAGAUGACCUUGGAACACUGCAUACCCUAAGCAAUGGUGGGAUACAGACUGUCUCCAGAGUCCCAGGCACAAGGGUCAAUAAAAAAUUGUUUCCAAAUAUAUGCCUGGGAUAGAGGAUGCAGCUCCCCAGAAUCUCAGGGAGAUGGCACCUUCCUUCCCAUCUGUCCCCAGUUUUGUGUCCUUCCAUGAUACUCAUAGCAGAGCCAUGAAGCUCAUGAGAACUGUGUGGGGUAGUUAGUUGUCAUGGGGAUGGCUUGAGGAAGAGGGUCCCAGUCACUCACAAGCAGUCCUUAGGUUUCCUCAUGAGUCUGUGUUCUUUCAGGAUCCUGGUACCGGUACCCUUCCUAGAACAGAGCUAUAUACUCUGCCCUGGUGGGCAUCCUCCAGACCCAAGAGCUUACUUUGUGUUUACAAGGGGCUUCAUAACCAAAGAAAGGAGAUGCACUCUUCCCGUGACACCUUGUUUGAACAUUUACAAACAAUCCCACACAGCCUUCCCUGACUGACUGCAGCUUGUGGUGAUCACUACCACAUCUCUGUGGCAUGAGAACCACCUCCAUGUGGGUUGUCUGAGCCUAGAUCCUGCUGGCUGCAACUCAAAAGAGGACUCUUUAUGUAUCCUCUUCUCAGGGCUACUGUAAUCUGAGCAGGCCCCAUCCCACUGCAGGGUGAUGCCAACAAUACCUGUAGAAUCAGCAAGAGUGAAUUACUGGAGAGAAGGAAGACCCAGCCAUCUCUGUCUGGUGCCAGGGGGGCCACAGCCAUCAUCCUGAGCUUGGAAUCACUUCCUUUCUGUCUACAGGCUCUGUUUCUCUCCCCAGUCCAAGAGCUGGAAGGAAGCAGCAGACCAUGCAGAGGGAUCAGGCAGCCUCAUCUCUUUCAGUUCUAGAUUAGAACCUGAAAAAAAAAAAAAACCAGGCAAAGUAUUCUGCACCCACGGAUAAUGAAAACCCAGCAUAGACUUGCACUCCCAAAUAAAAGAACUGAAAGCCCUUUGGGUUGUUUCUGUGUGAUGGACCUGGCUUCUGAGAGACCUUGGUUACUUUCCUCUCUAUUCAGUUUAGGUCUGUGGAGAUGCUGCCAGCCCAGAGAGAAACCAGCUGAACUAAGGGGGUAGCGUGUAUCAUUUUCUUCCUGGUCCUGGAGGUGGGGGUGGGGGGCUCAGUGUCUGGAAAGGAGCAUAUAGGAGAGGAAAAGCCAAAGGCUCUCUCCCGAGCCUGAGCAGGGUCGUGUGUUGGUGUCGUGAGUGGCAGAUGGCAGCCAGAGCUUGCAGGGUAGGGUGUUCUGUGGACAUCAUAAUAAAAUGCAGU